AUGGCACCCAGUUUUGAUUGCUUUUCAAGCCUUCUCUGUGCGGAAGACAACAUUAUUUUUGACGAAAAUGAUCGUGGGGGUUUGGUGGAGGAGUUGGGGGACACGUGGCAGCAUCCGAGAUAUGAUCGAAACCGUAGUCAAAUUGAGAACUUGAAUGUCCCGUAUGAAUCGUUUCCGUUGCCGACUGAUGAGUGUUUGAGACUAAUGGUGGAGAAGGAAUUGCAUCACUUGCCUAAUGGUGAUUAUGUGAAUAGACUGAGGAGUGGGGAUUUGGACAUUGGGGCCAGAAAAGAGGCCAUUGAUUGGAUUGCAAAGGUCCGAGAGCACUUUGGUUUUGGACCCCUGUGUGCAUAUCUAUCCAUAAAUUACUUGGACCGCUUCCUUUCUGUUUAUGAAUUACCAAAGCAACGAGCUUGGACAAUGCAAUUGUUGGCUGUGGGUUGCUUAUCUCUGGCAGCCAAAAUGGAAGAGAUUGAUGUUCCUACAUCUCUUGAUUUGCAGGAGGGUGAAUCUAAGUAUAUAUUUGAAGCCAAAACAAUACAGAGAAUGGAGCUUCUUGUUCUGAGCACAUUGAAGUGGAGAAUGCAGGCAAUUACCCCAUUUUCCUUCAUUGACUAUUUCCUUCAGAAGGUCAAUGGUGAUCAAGCUCCAAUUGGUGAUUCAAUUUUGCAAUCCACGGAGCUUAUACUGAGUACUGUAAGAGGAAUUGACUUCAUAGAGUCCAGACCCUCAGAGAUUGCAGCAGCAGUGGCAAUAUCUGUGGUGGGGGAUGGCGGAGCAGUUCACACAGAGAAAGCAAUUUCUGAUCUGAUUCAGCUCGUAGAAAAGGAGAGGGUCUUGAAGUGCGUUAAAAUGAUCCAAGAGCUGUCAUCAAACAGUGGUUCUGCUAAGGAUGCCAGUGCUUCGGUUUCUGUCCCGAGCAUGCCUGAAAGCCCAAUAGGGGUGUUGAACAAUGCAUGCUUCAGCUACAAAAGUGAUGACCCAAAUGCUCCUCCUUGUGCAAAUUCUUCACAUAAUGAUAGUCCAGAUGCUAAAAGGAGGAAGCUAGACAAAACCUUUGGAGAAUAA